AUGUCUCUAUCAUCGAAUUUAGAAUAUCUCGGUGCAGCUACAGCUCUUCUCCUCACCUACAGAGCCAUCUCCUUCUGCAGCAUCUACCUCAAACCCAGCAAACUACACCGCUACAACCCCUCUGGUAAUUCUUGGGCCCUAGUCACCGGCAGCACCGCCGGCAUAGGCGAAGGUUUCGCCCACGCUCUCUGCGCCAAAAACUUCAAUGUCGUUCUCCACGGCCGCAACUCCCAAAAACUCUUGGCUUUGAAAGCGACACUUGAGAAGAAAUACCCAGACGUGCAGAUCAAGAUUGUGAUUGCAGAUGUGUUUGACCUUGAUGUGGAUAUUAGUUCCAUCGUUAUGGCUUGCGAAAGUUUACCAGGACCUUUGACGUUACUGGUUAAUAAUGUCGGAGGCGCGCCUUUGAGUCCUUCAUAUGCUACUUUGGCAGAAGUAGAUGCAACCUACGUGGACCAGAUGAUCAAUCUCAACGCUAGGUUUCCCACCCAACUUACUCGGGCUCUACUUCCUUUACUAUCCAAAAACUCUCCUGCUUUGGUUAUGAAUGCUUGCUCUGUUGCUGGCUUUAGCGGCCCGCCUUACUUAUCGGUCUACUCGGCUUCUAAAGCUUUCAACUAUGCACUCAACCAAUCUUUGGUUUCGGAACUCAAGGCUGAGAAGAAAGAUGUCGAGGCAUUGGCGAUCGUGAUUGCGAAUGUGGUUAGUGGAGGGAAUAAGACUACAGAAGGAGCAUUUACAUGUACGGGACUGCAGAUGGCAGAAAUGUCGCUGGAUAGGGUGGGAUGUGGACAACCUGCGGUGUUUGGGUGGUGGAGACAUGCUGUACAAUGGUGGUGUAUGAGUUUAUUGCCCGAGUGGGUGACUGAAAAGAUCUUGAUCGGCGUUAUGAAGGAGAGGAGAAUGGAAGAGCAGAAAGGGGAAUGA